AUGGCAUCAUCUGUGAAAGGUAGCAUUCCCAAAUCUGAGAAUGCUAAACAAUACUAUGAAGCUAUUGCACAGAGAUUCAAGGAGUCUAAGAAAGCUAUCAAAAGUACCUUACUAAAUCAGUUGAUUAAUAUGAGAUAUGAUGGACAAGGAUGUGUGAGAGCUCAUAUCAUGAAUAUGAUUGAUGUUGGAACUAAGUUGCAGGAUUUGGAAAUGAAUGAACACAAUAUAACAAGAGAAAGAGGUGCAAGAAUGGUGAAUCUGGUGCAGUCAAAGCAAAAUAAGGAAUAUAGGAACAAAGGUACUGCUGCUGGAAAAGAGAAAGAAAAGGAAAAGGAUAAUAACAGUCCAAAUGCUCUGAAACCAGUGGGAUUGAAAUGCUUCUUCUGUAAGAAAACUGAGCAUAUGAAGAAGAAAUGCAAAAGGUAUAAGAAGUGGUUGGACAAACAAAAAACUAAAGGUAAAACUGAUCAAGUUUUGGGGUUCAUAAAGAGGAGGCUGCCAAACAAGGAUGAAGUGAAGGUGUUCGUAGGCAAUGGAGAUAAAGUGCAAGUAGAUUAUAUUGGAGUAGUUAGGAUUAAACUAGAUUCUGGUUUUGUUUUUGAUUUAGAAGAUGUGGUUUAUGUUCCCUCAAUGAGGAAGAAUCUUAUCUCAAUUACUAGGCUUGUAAAGUCAAAGUUCACUUUGAACUUUGAUGAUUUUGGUUGUUCUAUUUUCAGAAAUAAAAGUUUAGUUGGAAAAGCAAGUAUUGUGGAUGGUUUGAAGUUUGGGAUUUGUCCUGUUUACAGGGGAGACUCUGCCAAAUUUUUCUGGUAG